AUGCUGUGUCAGGAUGUUCUCCGAUUCGGUCAGAAGCUGGUCCGCAGGCAGCUGCUGGAGCCCAGGGAGGGGUCUGAGAGUCGCCUGGCUCGUUGUCUGAACACCCUCGACCUGGUGGCCUUGGGUGUGGGCAGCACCCUGGGGGCUGGCGUGUACAUCCUGGCUGGAGAGGUGGCCAAGGACAAAGCUGGACCGGCAAUCGUCAUCUGCUUCCUGGUGGCCGCCCUGUCUUCUGUGCUGUCCGGGCUCUGCUAUGCGGAGUUUGGGGCCCGGGUACCAUGUUCUGGGUCUGCGUACCUCUACAGCUACGUCACAGUGGGAGAACUGUGUGCCUUCAUCACUGGCUGGAACCUCAUACUGUCCUAUGUCAUUGGCACCGCCAGCGUGGCCAGGGCCUGGAGCUCCACCUUUGACAGCCUGAUUGGGAACCACAUCUCUCAGGGGUUACAGGGCACUUUCUCCCGGCAUGUGCCCUACUUCCUGGCCAAAUAUCCAGACGUUUUUGCAUUUGGACUGGUGCUGCUGCUCACAGGAGUACUGGUUCUGGGAGCUCGAGAGUCAGCCCUGGUUACCAAAGUGUUCACAGGCCUGAACCUUUUGGUUCUCGGCUUCAUCAUCCUCUCUGGCUUCACUAAGGGAGACCUGCACAACUGGCAGCUCACGGAACAGGACCACAAAUUGGCCUCAUCUGGAUCCAAUGGCACCUAUAGCUUGGGCCCUCUGGGUUCUGGAGGGUUUGUGCCUUUUGGCUUUGAUGGGAUUCUCCGAGGAGCAGCCACUUGUUUCUAUGCAUUUGUUGGUUUUGAUGCCAUCGCCACUACAGGGGAGGAAGCCCGGAAUCCUCAGCGCUCCAUCCCCUUGGGCAUUGUCAUCUCGCUGUUCAUCUGCUUUUUGGCGUAUUUUGGCGUCUCAGCGUCACUCACCCUCAUGAUGCCCUACUACCAGAUUGACCCUGAGAGCCCCUUGCCGCAGGCUCUUCUCCAUGUUGGGUGGGCUCCUGCCAGAUAUGUGGUGGCUGUUGGCACCCUCUGUGCACUGACAUCCAGCCUCCUGGGUGCCAUGUUUCCCAUGCCUCGUGUGAUCUACGCAAUGGCAGAGGACGGGCUCCUUUUCCGGGGACUCGCCCAGAUCCACACCCGCACACACACCCCCGUUGUGGCCACCUUGGCUUCUGGAACUCUUGCAGGGGUCAUGGCGUUACUCUUCGAUCUCAGUGAUCUUGUGGACCUCAUGUCGAUUGGAACCCUUCUUGCCUACUCCCUCGUGGCUUUUUCUGUCCUUGUCCUCAGGUACCAGCCAGACCACAGUUUAAGCAGGAAUGAGAACAAAAUUGAGAUUGGGCCUGUAGUUGAGGAAAAUCCUUUGGAAUCUGUACCUAAAGCAGGAAUCUUAAAGACUCUAAAGAGUCUGCGUGAACCUAUCAACACCAACACCAGCCCCACUCUGAAAUCCGGCCGGAUUGUCUACGGAUGUGCCUUACUGCUUGUUCUCCUGCUGACGGCCCUGAGCCUGGUGCUGGCCCAGUGGCCCCGCCGUGUGUUCUCUGGAGACCCCGUCUGCACAACGGUGGCUGUGCUGCUGCUGGUGCUCAUCGCCGGGGUCACUGUCACCAUCUGGAGGCAGCCCCAGGGCCCCACUCCUCCUCCCUUCAAGGUGCCUGCUCUGCCUGUCCUCCCGCUGCUGAACUUUGGAUAUGGGAUCCGACACAGCUUGGAGAAUAACACUGAUCCACAGCCUCCAGCCUCCAACUCACAGACUCUUGACAAAAACACCCCUGGUGAUGAAUUAGCUUAACCACAGGAAACAGAUGCUGUGUGGAAUCCCUCCGUACACUGGAUACUGGAGGUAUCUUCAGUGGGACACUUGGAGCCUCUA